UCACGGUUUAUUUUUUAUUCCAUCACACCACUUGGUGGACUAGGGGAUUCCUACUGAAUCCUAUUGCAAUGUGGGAGGAGGGGCGGAAGUGGAGGAAGUCGUUCCACAGCCGAUUGGAUAAUGUUUCUUCAGAUUCAGUUGUGGAAACGAAGCUGAACGCGACCGCGCAGUGAUUUCAGAGAGAGUGGAGAGUGUCGGAGGUUUCAGAGCGCGGAAGGAAGCAAGGGUUAAUUUGACGGAAGACGGAGGUUUUGGGAAGCGGCGUUUUAAACUGCUUGUAUGGACUAAACUUGGAGUUCACCGGUGUGAAAGCGUGCAUUAUGCAUUCAGACUGCAGGCUGCUAUGGGCAGAGCGGUAAUGGUGGGCAGGGGACCGACAGGGACCAGGCUUUUCUUCUUGUCGACUGUCAUCAUCCUCACCGCCAGAAGCAGUCGAGCGCAGCAAGGCGAUGGCUGUGGCCUCAGUGUUUUGGGCCCUUGCAGUGGGAGCCUGUCGUCUCUGGGUUACCCCGGUACGUACCCUAACCACACGGUGUGUGAGUGGGAGAUCAGUGUGCCGCAGGGCCGGAGGCUCCACUUCCGCUUCGCUGACCUGGACAUAGAGGAAAACAACUGUCAGGUCAACUACCUCAGGAUCUACGAUGGUAUAGGACCUCAUAGGACCCAGAUAGUGAAGUUCUGUGGUCUGGGCCUGAAUGUUCCUGAUCUCAUCCUGUCCAGUGGGAACCAGGUCACCGUCCAGUUCAUGAGUGGGACCCACCAAAGUGGGCGGGGCUUCUCCCUGGCCUACUCCACCACAGAACACACAGAUCUGAUCACCUGUCUAGACAAAGGAAUCCACUUCACUGAGGCAGAGUUCACUAGAUACUGUCCAGCAGGAUGCCUGACAUCUGUUGGGGAGAUCUCUGGGACCAUACCCCACGGCUACAGAGAUUCGUCUCCAGUGUGUCUAGCAGCCAUCCAUGCAGGUGUGGUGUCUAACUCUGUGGGCGGUCAGAUCAGUGUGGUCAACAGUAAGGGCAUCCCUCACUACGAUGGUUCGCUGGCAAACAACGUCUCCUCCACUGUUGGUACCUUGUCCAACAGCCUCUUCACUUUCAAGACGAGUGGUUGCUAUGGGACACUAGGUCUAGAGUCGGGCGUUGUUAGGGACUCCCAGCUCUUUGCUUCCUCGGUGUGGGAAUGGAGUGACGUGAUUGGCGAACCCAGCGAGUGGGGCCCAACUGGGGCCCGCCUUAAUGGGGCGGGGCUUCCCUGGGCGCCGGCUCACAGCGACCAGCAGCAGUGGCUACAGGUGGAUCUGAAGAAGGAGAAGAGGAUCACAGGCAUCACCACUACAGGCUCCUCCCUCCUGGAGUACCAGUUCUACGUGUCAGCCUAUCGGGUCCUCUACAGCAAUGACGGACAGCACUGGAACAUCUAUCGGGAGGCAGAUGCUACCCAGGACAAGAUUUUUAAAGGGAACACCAAUUAUCUCCAGGAGGUGCGCAAUAACUUCAUCCCACCAAUCGAGGCUCGUUAUGUGAGGAUAAGCCCCACCCAGUGGCACCAGCGAAUUGCCCUCAAGUUUGAGCUGCUCGGAUGCCAGUUCCAUCAAGCGAGGCCCCGGAUAUACCACCCCGCUCGGCCUCCCCCUCCCUCAGUGGCCACGGACACCCCGCCAAUGUACAGCCGGACCACCCACACCCCUGCCAUCAGAAACACCACCAUGCCUCCAUGCACCAUCAACGACGUGGCGUUGGCAACGGUGUUGGUGCCGGUGUUGGUCAUGAUUCUGACCACCCUCAUCUUGACCAUGGUCUGUGCCUGGCACUGGAAGAACAGGAAGAAUAGUUCAGAGGGAGCUUAUGACCGGUCUCUCUGGGACCGUACAGACUGGUGGAAGAGUAUGAAGCAGUUCCUGCCAUCCAAGAUGGCGGAGGGGGAGGAGUCAGUCCGCUACAGCAGCAGUGAGGUGGGCCGGCUCAGAGUGAGAGGGAAUACCCCCAGACUACGGGCCGAACCCGCAGAGUACGCCCAGCCCCUGGUCAGCGGUGUCGUGACAUCACUAGGUCAGAGGUCAACUUUCAAGCCAGAGGAAGGUUCUGACCCCGGCUACAUGGACACUAACCUCUAUGACGCUCCCAUGGCAACAGACAUUUACCAUGCCUACGCUGAACCCCUGCCCGCCUCCGGUGCAGAGUAUGCUACGCCCAUUAUAAUUGACAUUGCAAGCCACUUAUCAGGGAGCUCCACACUGAACCAGCCAACCACAGUCUCCAGCUUCAUGGGUCGUGGCCCUGCCUCCCUUCUCACGCGAACAGACAGCGGGCAAUCGGGGAGGUCAAUGUAUGACACGCCCAAGAGUACAGGACAGGCCACACCCACUAAGGAUUUAGCCUAUCAGGUGCCUCAGAGCAGCAAUCAGAAGCCAGUGGGGUAGGGCUAAAGUGAGUACUUUGAUUGACAAGGCCAUAAACCACUCCCCCCCCCCCCAUUGACAGAGUGGGAUGGAGAGAGAGAGGGUGAAUUAAACUGUAAAGAACAUUACCUUCAAGUUAGAUGUCUGUAUGUGAGUGUGUCUAUAGAGGAGUCUAUAUGUGAGUGUCUACCUGUACGUGCAUGGCCGGAGAGUGCUAGCAUAGUACCAUACCAGUCCUAUCACUGAAACCACAAAGAUGAAUGUCUACAUGAGAGCGAGAGAACGGAAAGAGAGAAGAAACAAGGAGAGAUGGAGAGCUCACUACUGUUUCAGCCAGGCUAAGUCCCCUCUGUGUGUCUCUUAAUUUGAUGUUUUGUCAAACUGAGUAUCUAUUAGUUCCUUUCGUGUCAAUCUAAAAGUGAAACAAUAGGUUCUCUGAAGUGGAUGCCUUCUAUAGAAAGUCAAUGUUUCUACCACUGAAGUGUUUUCUGCAUAAAGGCCAAAGGUCACCUGUCUAAAGAGGAGCUUCCUCAGUUUACUAUGGUACGCUUUGAUUGGAGGCUUGUACUAUUUCAGCCUUCAGUUAGUUCACAAAAUCCGACCUGUCAAAAUGUUUGAGUUUAACCAAUCACCUUAUACAUAAAGCUAGAGUGAAAUCCACACCAAAAACCUGUUUGAAGUUUCUGAAAAAUUAUUUUGUAUUUAUUUUUCUUUUAUAAUUCCUGCUGAAAAUAACUCACAAAAAAAAUACACUAUGGAAAGCGGUGAUGAAUCAGCUUCAAAUAAUUAUGGUUAUAUUUGUCAUGGACACCUUGCCUCACGUGACAGUCAAAAAGAACCUCUGCAUAACGUUUAGGUGCCAUUUGUAUUUGCCCGAUUGGAUUCACACUGCCAGACUAGGACCAGUUACUUGAAGAGGAAGAAUCUGCCCUCAUGGUGAUACUAGAGAGGAGCUGUCCAACAGAAGGGCUGUCUCUAAAAUAUGUCAGUGAGACUAAACAUUGCCUUAUGUUUUGUUAUUAUGCAUCAUUUAUCAUGGCCACCGUCUGUAAAUUCCCAGAGAAUCCAGAGGUUGGAGGACUUCUGUGUGCUAGAGGAAGAUGAUCCACUCCAGCCAAACUCACACUGGAGUAGUCUAGGUUACCACGUCAGGUGUGUGUAUGGUACGGCGAGAGAACAUUAUCACUAGUGACCAAUCGGCAUGCAGAAGUUAAUAUUUACAGAAACAACAAAGACGGUAUGGCAAGAUAACAUUACUAGUGACCAAUCAGCAUGCAGAAGUUAAUAUUUACAGAAACGCCUCUAGUAUGUGUGUCUGAAUUGCUGUCUAUUGUAUGACUGUCUCAUCAAUGUAUGUAAUGGCUUUCAUUAGUGUCUUUGUAUGGUUGUCCUAAAGAGAGUAUCUGUGUGCGGCUAGCUAUGUCUGUACGACUGUCCCUAUGAGUGUACUGCAUCUGUGUUUGAUUAGUCAUGUUUGUAGUCAGUGGAGCACAUUAGUCCGGUCAAUCCCUGUCCUGAACACCAAAUCUGAACCUGGACCAGUUGAACUUUAGGUUAAAGGUUAGGGAUUCAGUAGGUAAGGCUGGCCGUAGGUCAGUGUUUUCCCUGGUCACUGUGUUUCUGUCUUCACAGAUUGGACAAGGACAAAUAAAGCCUUUUAAAGCUUUAAAAAAAA